GAAGCAACCAAACCUAGAAAACACAGAGUCCCUCAGUCCUUUUAGCUGCUCCUUUGAGGCUGUGGGUCCCGCCCGAGGACCCCGGCGCCCUGCAGGAGCUCGGCACGAGCGGGGGGUCACCUCCCGCUUCCCCUUCGGCGGACCCCAUCGCGGAGGGCUCUGCAGCACAGUGCGAGCGGCAGCCGUGGGAUUCGCGGGGAUGUGAUAAUGAAUUCAGCGCGGAUGAUGCUUAAUAUGGAGUGGCCCGAAAGAAACGAGAGCUGCUUGAAGCUUGGCAUAUGCUGCAGUUCCUACUCCAACUGGGAAAGCUCAUCCCGACUUCCCCAACGGAAGGGAUCCGCUCUGCAGUUCCACCGCACCCGAGGACUUGACCUUGGCACGGCCGCUCCGACGCAGCCCCGCAGCGCUCCCUUGCAGGAUGGCGAUGACUGACGUGCUCAGCGCUGAGGAUAUCAAGAAGGCUGUGGGAGCCUUUUCAGCAGCUGAAUCUUUUAACUACAAGAAGUUCUUUGAGAUGGUGGGGUUGAAAAAGAAGAGCCCAGAAGACGUGAAGAAGGUUUUCCAUAUCCUUGAUAAAGACCGGAGCGGCUUCAUCGAAGAGGAAGAGCUAAAGUUUGUACUGAAGGGCUUUACCCCAGAUGGCAGAGACCUAUCAGACAAAGAGACAAAGGCUCUUCUGGCUGCUGGAGAUAAGGACGGUGAUGGUAAAAUUGGCGCUGAUGAAUUUGCAACUAUGGUGGCUGAAUCAUAAAGGCUUUAAGCAAUGCAAACCCUUCACCCAUCCUUCACUGCCCAAUUCCAACCACCUCCCGCUGACUGCUUUGGCUCCUGUUCUAUUUAUUUAUGUUAUUUUAUACUCCAGCUCUGUUCUCUGCAAUCCCGCAACUCUGUAACUGUGCUGAAAGACACUGUUAAAAUAAUAAAGGUCACAUCAAUCUGGGCUUCACUCUCUCUCACUAUCACUUGUUUCUGAUUUCACGUAGCCUUGGCAGACGUUGAGUGAAAAUCUUACUUUCUUUAUUUUAUUUAUCUGUUGCUGACACCCCUGCCUCUUUCUCCCUACUUAGGGUAAAGUGUAAUUAUUUGGGAUAAAACUUGCACAAAAUGAGUCAUCCGGUCCAAGCUCUGAAUUGUGGCAGAACUGACUGCAUUAUUUUUAAGCCAUAGACGGAUGCAUACUCACAGCCUGGAAAAUCACUAGUAGUGGCAAUCACCCAGCUUCAUUUGGCAGUUUGUUCUUCGGAAUUAAUCAGUUGUUACAGCCAAAAUUAAUUUCCUAUAGGUUAGCUUACAUCUUCUCUGAUGCAUUUUGGUGACCGGUAAAUUAUUUGUAUAGCUUGCUAAAUCUGCCUGGUGCAGGGGGAUUUUAAGAUUUGACAAGAGUAUCAGAUGUUGCUCAUCAUUCACAGGGAUAACUUCGUAAAGUAUUAAACUGUGAUCACUUUUGAAAGGUGGGAUAUGUUUAUUAGCAGUGUUAUACAAGUAUCUAGGACAGAAAGAAUGCAUUACUCCGAAGAGACAACAUUACAAAUGUGAGGAAAGGAGCAUCAAGACUUGGCUGGGAUGCUACUGCUGACAUUCCCACUGUUAAAAUGGAGUAUCAAACAUAUAUAUAUAUAUAUACAAAAAGAACAUAUCUUCUACCACUAUCAAAACCAGUGAACUUCUUUCUUUGAGUUACAGAUAGGAAACUGAGACUCAGACUAUAGAAGCAAGUAGCCAAUGGUAAGGCUAUGACAGAGCAAAGAACCAAACACUUCUUUCCCAAAUCUUUGUCAGUAACUUUGAAACCAAGCUACUGUUUUUUUUUCCUUUUUUUUUUCUUCUUCUUUCUUUUAAAUCAAAGAUUAGAGUGGAAAUAAAUCACUUUUAGACAACAUUUCCCCCACGUUUUGACAGAACAUUGAUUAAUACUUCAAUUAAGAGGAAAGGUAUUUGCCAUUUCUUGAUUCCAAACUACUCCCCGCAGCAAUAAUAUCUGAAUCCAUUCUGAUUAUCUCAUAUUAAAAAAAAAAAAAGGUUCAGACUGAAACUCUGUCACCACUACAUUGUACAGAGCUCCAUUCUCUGCCACAGCAAUUGCUGAUGCUACUUGCAAGGCCAAUAAACACUCCCUAAAGCCAUCCCAGGUUUUCCCUCUAUAGUCACUUACAAGGAAGACUUUUUGCUGAAGCUGCUGUUCAUCCAAAAGAGAUCCUCUAGUUUUGCACAAUGUAUAUACGGAUCUGAAAAAAUGUAUUGAUUUUUAAGUAUCCUAAUAAAGCAAAUGAAAAUGUAUUGCAACGAA